AUGGCGACUUCAUCUGCUAUGCUUGAUCGGAACGCAGCGCCUCCUUCCACAUUCGAGCUUCAUGUGACAGGCCAGGUGGAAAGUGGAUCCUUCGCAGGAGACGACAACCUUUAUUGCAACAUCCUCGUUCACCAUGGCAUUGAUUGGCAGGUGGUUGCUGGGAUGGAGGAAGGGGUCACCCAGGUGGCUUCCAUCUCCCCAGGAAGCGAUUCCAGAGUUGUGUGGAACUUUCCUCUAGAACUCACUUUCAAGAGCACGAAUGUUUAUGGCUGGCCACAGAUCGUGUUGACAGUGCAUGGGACGGACUUCUUGAAUCGUGACGUCAUUCGCGGCUAUGGCUCCGUACACAUCCCUGUAGUGCCUGGCGCACACGAGGUUGAAGUCCCGAUGUUCCGCCCGCUCUCGGUCGGCCGUUUGCCUCGAGCCAUGGCUCAGAUGCUAACUUGCCUGCCUCAGUCUUCUCUGCUCCAACAGUUCAUCGGAUGGAUCCACGCUACCCCAGCAGGUUCAGCCAGAGAUGUUUUGCAUUCUUGCCCCAGCUACGUGACAGCAGUUGUUGUAGAAUACAUCGAUCCGAAGAGGCCUGCUCUGCCAACUGGCAGAGAGGUGACCCGCGUGCGAACGAGUGGAACCGUGGUUUUGAAGUUGAAUGUGGUGGUGAGGAAUAUGAAACAGCUAGGUUACAGCAUUCCCGUCUCGUCAAACCUGAAGGUUUAUCAAUAA